AUGUCUGAGACAAAAAUUCUGCCAGCGGGUACUAACAAUCUAAUUCAGCGUCUUCAAAACUCUGAGAAAUCUAUCAAAUUUAUUCAACAUGAACAUGCUUCCACGUUGGCUAAUCUUCAUGAAGAAAUCUCUAAAUGGCAACAGAAAUGUUGUGAUCUCACAUUUCAAUUAGCGAUUAAUGGUACGUUGACUAAUUCUACGAAUGACAAUAAACUUCAGAAGACGAUUGACAAACUUGAAAAUGAAUUAUGUCAACAUAAAGAUACAAUCAAAAUUUUAAAUAAACGUUUAGAAGAAAAAGAAAAAAACUUGAAAGAUUAUGAAAAUCUUCUUCUUGUAAAUGAUCGAAAGCAUGCAUUAGAAUUACAUACCCAAUAUGAUAAACAACGAGAACUUAAAAUUGAACUUGAACAGCGUUCAACAUUUAUUGCACAAUUAACAAAUCAACUACAUAACGAAAAGCAGCAUCAACAAAAUGCACGAAAUCGUGUUCAUCUUGGACAAAUUAUUUUGCCAAAUAAACCAAAAAAAUUAAAAAAUAUCGAUGAACAACAACAACAACAACAAUUACCAUCUGGCCGUUGUGUAUCGAAACGUUCAUCAUCGCUUAGUAAUCAAGCUAGUACUGAUCAAGAAUUAACUAAAGUUUUGUUUAUUGGACGUUCACCAACUCCUCCGCAACAGUUGCAAUCACUUUCAUCUAAAAGCAUCGGAUUACAUGAAGAAAAAUUCUUUAAAAAACGUCAGCAUCCAUUGCUAAACAAUCAUACCGAAAAUGCGGAUUUAAAUAAAGUCUCAUCAUCGCGGCCAACAAUCAAAUUGUCAACUGUUUUGCCACCUAUUGUCAAUAGAAAAGUACCACUUAAAGCAUUGCCUACGAUAACACUUCAACGUGAAGGUCAAGCCUGA